AUGAUCAUUGUCACCGGUGGCGCCGGUUUUGUUGGCUCAAACAUUGUUAAGGAACUCAACAACAGGGGUUUCACUAAUGUCGUGGUGGUGGACGACAUGACCGAUGGAUCAAAGUUCCGCAACCUGGUCGACUGUAAGGUUGCUGAUUAUAUUGACGCCACCACGUUCCGUGAGGCCAUCCGUUCUAAGUCCUUCCAUCACCGUCCCCGCGCUAUCUUCCACUAUGGUGCCAUCACCUCGACGACCGAGACAAACGGCAAGAAGAUGAUCGACGCCAACUUCACCUACUCCAAGGAGCUCUUCAACUGGUGCAAGGAACAGAGCGUUCGCUUUAUCUAUGGUUCCUCUGCAGCCGUUUAUGGGACUGGUAAAGUCUUCACCGAGGGAGACUCCCACGAGGCCCCCGUGAAUCUCUUUGGCUACUCGAAGAUGCUUUUUGAUCAGUACGUCGUGAAGAACAUCGACGCUCGCUCACCUCAGGUUGCAGGACUGCGCCUCUUCAACGUCUACGGACCCGGUGAGCAAUACAACGAUGCACGCCCCAGCGCUGUCUACCAAUUCUACGAAAAGCGCAAAGCCUUCAAAGCCAUUGAGUUGUUUGGCGAAUACGCUGGAGUUGAGGCUGGAAAGCAGAUGCGUGACUUCGUUCACGUCCAGGAUGUUGCUCGUCUCAACUGCUGGUUCCUUGAUCACCCCGAGAUCAGUGGUAUUUACAAUGUCGGCACUGGGGCUGCCAGCAGUUUCCUUGACGUUGCCACAGAGGUUGCAAGCCAUUUCGGAAACCCCGAGGGUUACAUCAAGUUCGUUCCUUUCCCCGCUGAACUGAAAGGCCGCUACCAAAGUUACACCUGCGCUGAUAUCUCCAAACUUCGUCGAGCUGGAUCUGGUCUGCGUUUCCGAGAUAUCCACGAGGGCAUUAGGGAUUACUUGGAGUGGCUUGAGGAGCACAAGGGUGUGGACCACUAA